AUGCUCCCUUUCAACCCGCUGCUCAACGCAUCGUUCGCCUCGUCCUCGGACCAAGCGUCGACGCAGGCGGACGCCGACGCCAACACGACCUACGACCCCUUCACGAGCGCGCGCUCGCCCAACCCGGCGCGCAACCCGCGCGCACACGGCAAGCACGUCUACACGCCCCUGGUGUUGCGCGCCUACCAGGCCGCGUUCAUGGACAAGCCGACGCCCGACUGGGACGCCAAGUUGCAGGCUGCGGGUGUGCUGGGCCAGCCCCGCGACACUUGGACCGCUGGGUACCUGGCGCGGCUUGAUGGGCCGGAGAAGCAGGAGCGGGCGCUCGAUUGGCGCGAGCGGAAGCUGAGGAAGGAGGAAAAGGAGCUGCAGAGGGAGAGGGAGAGGUUUGAGCGCGAGAAGAGGGAGGCGGAGGCUAGGUUUGGGAUGCUUGGGAGCUCGUUGGAUGGGUUUCGCCCGGAGUCCCCGUUUAGGAUGUUUGAGGGCUCGGUGGAGAGGCAUCGGCUUGAUGCUGAGAGAGUCAAGAGGGAGACGGAGCCCAAGGUUAAGAUGACGGAGAAGGCGUUCGAGCGUGGUCACGCGGAUGGCGAGAGGAAGACCCUCACAGCCCUGUCGACACAGCAGGCCAUGGGCCAUUUCGAGUAUCCUAUCAGCGCGCAAAAGUCCACGAAGAAGGUCACCACCACUACAACCACCACUCUUCAGCGGAAGCACGCCUUCACAAACGCUGGCAAGCAGGACUACUUCUCGCUGAAAAACGCUUUCACGCCGCUCAAGUACACGGGCAACCAGGACUUUGUCCCGCAGAAGUACGACGACAACGGCAACACCACCACCGCCUCGUCUCACAAGCGCGCCACCACUUCCUCCGCAAAGAAAGACUCCCCACUCACCGUCACCACGACCCCCACGCCCCCGAAGCCGAUCCCCCACCCGCACUCGCACUCGCACGGCAAGAAAAGCCGUCAAGCCUCCUUCACCAGCAGCAACAAUAGCUCGCCCCUGAAGCACAUGAUCUCGGCCUCUGACCUUGCCGUCGCCGCCUCGCCCCACAGUCACAGUCUCAGUCACACGCACCACCACCUCCAUGACAACGAGACGCACUACGACCACGACCACACCGACAACAACCCCUACACCCCCCUCGCAGGCCCAGCAGCGCACCUCCUCGCCCGUGCCCAACGCCACGCCGGCCUCAGCACUCUCACCGGGCCCGACAUCCGCGCCCUCACUGACCUAGGCGCCGGCAUGCAGCUUGGCGAGCUGACGGUGCCGACCGUGCCGUUCGUGCGUGCGGGCUUGCUAGGCGCGGCGGCGAGGGUCGUCGCGCUGGCCGAGGAGGCUGACGCUGAGGAAGACGAGCAUGCGACCAAAGUCGCGGAGACGACGGCCGCGUUUCUCGCGCUCUUGGAUGGCCCGCCGUCCGCAGAUCUGCCGCCGUUGUAUUGUCGGCCGGAAAGGGCUGUUGCUGCUGCUGCUGCUGCUGACAGCGGUAACUCUAUCACUGACUACGCGCACGCGCACGACCACGACGACGUCAACACCCACACCCAUACCCACAACCACGCCAACGACAAUGACGGCGCUCGCACGCCCACGCCCACGCCCACACGCGCCCCCCAGCCCCCGUACCCCACCUACCCCCGCACGCGCAGCAGCACUGUCCGCAUCCUCAACGUCCCGGCCAGCACGACCGCGGACGCGCUCCUAACCUUUCUAGAAGCGCGCAUCGGGCCCGUCUACAGUCUAGACGUGGAGACAGCGGCGCCGGGGUUCGGGUGCAAGACCGGCCGCGCCGUGUUUGCGUCGUUUGGCGGCGCGGAGCGCAUGUUGAUGCUGUCGGGGGUUGUUAGGUUGGGGGGGAAUGUGUUGUGCGGGGAGUUGAUUGAUUGGGUUCUUGCUUAGUGUGGGGUGUGUGGACGAUGCGAAUGAGUUACGCCUUCUGGCUUUUGUGAUGAGAGAUAGGUAGGGCGAUGGACAGGUGGGUAGGUAGACGCCGGUGCCUGCCUGCAUCGUACCGUUCUGUUAUGUACCGUACACACCUCAAAAGCCUCUAUGUAUGUACAGUAGGUAGUACAGUAUAGUAGCUAGCUAGAGCGGAGCCCAUCACUCACCCAACACGCACCCCAAACACGAACCCCUCAC